AUGGCACAACCGCCUUCAGCGUCAUCAGAGACCGGGGGCCUGCCUGGAAUGCAAUUGCCAUGGGCAGCGAUUCCCAAGUUCAUCCCGGGAUCUACGGAUGUGACAGAGUACAGCCGGAAGAUGGAGUUCCUGGCGGCGAUGUGGCCGAAGGAGCAUCUUCCUCUCCUUGCUCCCCGAGCUGCUCUACUCUGCGAGGGCACAGCGUUUAAGAAGCUGGCCUCCCUGCCACCCAGCAAACUUCAGAGUACCGACGAUUCUGGAGUGAAGCUCCUGGUGUCUACGCUUGGUGGUUCCUGGGGCAAGACAGUUUUGGAAGAGAAGUAUGAUCGCUUCGAGAAAGCAAUCUACGGCACGGUGCAGAAGGCUGAUGAGACCAACGACAGCUACCUAGCUCGUCAUGACGUUCACUUCGAGGAGUUGGUGUCACAGGGAGUCACGUUGUCCGAGGUUCGGGCGUACAUUCUGCUGCGUCAGUCUCAGCUGUCAGCAGAAGAUCGGAAGAAGAUUGUGGUAGAGAUGGGUGGAACUUUGGAUCACACGAAGGUCGGUGCGUCCAUCCGGCUACUGGGAUCCAGAUUCUUUUCCGAUCUGCAAGGACUUCGUGGAAGUGCCCGCAACAAGACGUACGAUGCCAACAUCACCGAAGAGACAGCGACUGAUGAGACAGAGCGCGCGUACCAGGCCACCUCUUCCAUCCCGAACUCAGAAGAGCCCGAGACAGAGAUCGAUGGUGAAUACCUAGAGGCAAUGAUUGCAGCUGAGGACCAGGACGCUCUGCAGGUGCAAGCCUUUGAAGAAGAGCUGGAGGGGUUCUUUCAGGAGACCCCCGAUUUGCAGGAGGCCCUCAUCUCCUACCUUGAUGCUCGAAACAGAUUGCUUCAGAAAAAGAAAGCAAGGGGCUUCUGGCCCGUGAGCUCCAGCAAGGGUGGCAAGAGCCAUCGUGGCUUCAAGGGCAAAGGCAGAGGAAAGAGCGCAGCCCAGAAUCAGCUCCUCGCCAGGAUCGCUCGCAGUACCUGCCGGGCAUGUGGGGAGCGAGGGCACUGGCGCGCUGAAUGCCCAAAAUAUGGGAAGCCAGGGAGUAUGAGCAACAAAGGCGAAGCAACUACGACCUUUGCUGACGUUCCCGAAGACUCCCUGGCUGCAGCAUCCUCGCAGGAUGGACAAACGACGGAAGUGUUCACCAGCGUGCCCGCAGAUGCCCUGUCCCUGGAAGAGGCUCUAGUAGCAAAGGUUCUUGCGCAAGCCGACAGUGGGGAGACUUCGCCCGCUGAUGCGUCAGGCGUCCCGCAGCAGCGCGCUGCAUGUGCCUGGAGAAGCAAGCGUGCUGCUCCACCAAUGCAAGUUCCUCAUUCAUCUGCCCAUGCCCUUCUGAGUAGUGGUUCCGUAGAAGCCAUCCUAGAUACAGGGGCCAGUCGGUGUGUGAUGGGGAAGAGCCUUGUUUCCACUUUCUUGAGCCAGCUGAGUGAUGUUGUCCGAGAUCAGGUAAAGGUCACCCAGAGUGCUGUUCGGUUCCGGUUUGGGAACAACCAAACAUUGGUGAGCGAGCGUCGGAUUCUCAUUCCGCUUCGGACAGCAAACAGCUCCAUUUUGUGGCUUGGGAUUGAAGUUGUGCCCGGUGGAACACCUCUCUUACUAAGCAAGAAGGCCAUCAAGCAGUUAGGAGGUGUAAUAGAUACCACCGCCGAUGUGUGCCACCUGAAACGUCUGCAGAAGAAGCUGCAGCUGCGCACCGGACCAACCGGUCUAUACAUGGUAGAUCUUGCCCGCCUGUGCGAGGAAAGUUCUCAGGAGCUGCAGUGCCACAUUGUCCGUGAAGAUUGCUUCGAUGAGACUCCUCAGAUCCGUAUUUGCAUGUCCACCGAUCAGUUCCGCCUGAGCCCACGCUUUCCGAUUGCUUUGACUCCGCGUGUUCCGUGCAUCAUGGCAAUGAGCAAGGCCAAAGCAUCCCCCCAGAGCAAUCUGGGAGCUCGCUUUGCUCGUCUUCAGGAUCCUGCCAUGAACUACACGAUGGCCGAGAUCGAGAAUCUCAGCGUGGAGACGCUGGGCGAGUUCAAGAUAGACUUCGGUCGGACCAUGAAGGGCAGAACCUACAUGGAAGUGGCCGAAACCGAGAAGGAUUGGGUGAAAUGGUGCUGCGACCACCUCGCCAAGAGCGAGAAACGCUGUCACCAAGUCUUCAUGAUCUUCAUCGAGAAGUACAUCGAAGCAGCCGAGGAGACCGAAGCCACGCUGCUUUACGCGACGGAGCCCUCGAAUGUCCCAGUCCAUCCAUCUCCGCGAACGCCCAGUCUGAUGCAGCCCGCCUCAAAGGCAGCUCCCAAAAGGGCUCCUCAACCGUCGGAGCCGUCCCAGGACCAGUGGGAUGUGGUGUCGACGACGGAAGGCCCAUCAGUGAUCACCGAGCAGGUGAACAGUCUGACAUCACGCAUGAACCAGAUGGAGAAUGUCAUGCAGCAGGUGUUGGGAGCAGUCCAGGCCCUACAUGCUCAGUCCCAGGCAGCGUAG